CUUGGCCGCUCGACAAGGUAGCGCGAGGGACCCGAUUGCCUUGCACGUCGCGCGGGAGUCGACGGACCAAUCGCGUGGCACCGGUAGUAGCCUAAGGGAAGUUACGUAAGCACGGCCACUCUCACCUGCUUGUUUGUCGGCUGCUCCCGCCGGUGGGAAAGUGGUGGAGCGCUUUCUUUUUUUCGCUUUCGCGGUAGCGCGAAACGCGACGGCGCCAGCGAGCGCUGCGAUCAUCCCUCCGGAUUGAAUCAAAAUCGCUCCCCGCAUCGCCACGGAGCGCGGCUCGGCGGCCAUCCACAUUUGCGAUCACGAAGGAAAUUACCUGCGCGUUGUCAGCGGCAUGGAGAUCAAGGUCUCCAAGCUCCACUGGUUCCCAUGGAUCUUUGUGUUCACGCUGACGAUCAGCGUCAUGAUCGUCUACACGUGGAGCGUCCUCAUCGGAGACGUGCCCGUGUUCCUGCCAUACGUCAGCGACGCUGGUGGCAAUCCUCCGCAAAGCGCACUAUUCGGACUCGCCCUGAUCGCCUGCAUCCUUUCGGGCCUCAUACCCAUGCUGGUGCGCUUCUUCGCUGUGCGCGCGGUGGAGUGCAAGCGCAAGAAGUUCGUCACGCUGCUCAACUACCUGUCACUGGUUAGUGGCCUGCUAGCCGGCAUCGGUUUGGCCAUGGUCGCUACCAACCCCGUCAGUCACAUACGUCGGGACGGCACAUGGUUGCUCCCGGUUCUUCUUCCACACAUCGCUGGCGCUGGUCUGGCGUUCGUUUUCUCGACGGGCUACUUCAUCAUACAAGCCAUGUUCGUGUGGUUGCUGGGGCGCGACCACUGUCGUCCAAUGCUCGGAUACGCCAGGAUAGUUCUCCUGCGUGGCCACCAUUGGCGGUUCUAUGGCCAUGGCCGCGUUUGCUCCAUUCAACAGCCUAGAUGACUUCAAGCCCAACCCACAUCGUGGCACUAUUUACCGCGGCCUCAGCCCGUGGUCCUCCGUUGGAGAGUGGAUUCUCAUCAUCGGCCUCAUGUGCAACUUCCUCACGCUUUCCGCGGACAUGAAGGCAGUCAACAUCACCAUCAACCUAGAGAACGUUGUUGUCAACAGUGAAGCGCAGCAGGAGAAGGAAUCGAACAAUGAGAUGAUGAAGUUCUAGUGAGAUCACGCGGCUGCGUGGACAUUGCAGUGCGCGUUUCGCCGUUAAGGUCAGUGGGCAUUCAGGGUGCCUCCCAGCACUGGUCAUCAAACAAGCCUCACGAAGUGGUUUUGUGGACGAAACGGGGAAGUUGCAUUAGGAAGCGGGACUCAUUCCUGUGAACUGUGUGCAUUGCCUUAGAAACUGUUGCUGUCUAGCUCACCUUAGUCGCUGAAGAGUCGUUGCUGGCUCCUGGCAGAAAGACUAUGAUGAUAUUCUAAAGUGUAUGUAGUCAGGAAGGACACCUCGCUCGCAAGUAUGAACAAUUCACUUAAGAUCUGCUACUUUGAGCUUCAAGCAAGAGGGAGAGGAAGCAAGAGAGAGUCAGCACAGCCGGAUCGUUUGACUUCGAACUCGUUUACUUGGAAAGCAAUGUGAUCUUAAGCAGCAAUGCUCAACUUAUCAUGCAAUACAAGAGGAAGCGACAAUUGAAAAUCUCAGAAAGCCAAACAGAAGCUAUUUAAAAACAUAAGUGUGAUUUGAUUUCUGAAUCAAACUAAGUGACCACACAUGUUGAGGACGACGAACGCGGCAGGAACAAUUAAAAAGGUAGUCGCCAUUAGGUGUGCAGGUAGCACGUGGCCAAGGUUCUUUGCUUAAACGAUGACAUUGAUUGCAAUCAGCAUUUUGCUCAAACUUGGCUGUUGCUUAACUGAUAUACGGGGCAUAAUCCUAUCUGUUGAAAGAAAACAAUUUAGCCAGAUGAAGAGCCUUUCUGGUGACUAGCUAUUAUGGAAUUCCAUAAAGGUGAUUUUAUCUCGUCCAAUCUGCGCGUCAAAUUCUAAAGCACGCCGUCGUAUACACAGACAAUACCAUUAUAACACCAAUUUUAAAGCACCACAUGCAGUAUCUAAGGCGCCACGUUGCUUCUAAAUGUACACUUUGAAUGGGAAACACUCACAGAAGCUCGCAGCACCUUAGUCGCGGACUAAACCUUUGUUACAUCGUUUUUAAAGCACCACAUGCAUUAUGUAAAGCGCCACGUUGUUUCUAAAUGUCCACUUUGAACGGGAAACGCUCACAGAAGCUCGUAGAACCUUAGUCGCGGACAAUACCAUUAUUACACCGUUUUUAAAGCACCCCAUGCAGUAUGUAAGGCGCCACGUUGCUUCUAAAUGUCCACUUUGAACGGGAAACGCUCACAGAAGCUCGAAGAACCUUAGUCGCAGAUUGAGCACACUCGUAUAUAUAUAUUGAAACCUGUAAAUACUCUGUACAGUUUUGUAUUAAAGUGUUUCAUUUA